AAAAUAUUUUGAUCCUAAGUAUUAUUAUAAUAAAUAAUAAAAAAAUAGUAUAUCGUAAUUCAUUCCUUCGUUGUAUUAAUUUAGAAAAGAAAUAAAAUGAAGCAAUUCUAUUCAUCCUCAUUUGAUGAGACAUAAAAACUAUAAGAAAAACUACUUUUGUAGAGAAUUCUUUAAUUAAAUCUAUUUCAUUUAGUAUUCAUUGCUUUGAGAUAUUAGUCAGAAAUUGUGAUCAUUUCAUAUGAAAAGUAUGCCACUUACACAGAAUCCAUUAAAUGAAACAAUCAAUACAGUGCAAAUAAAUGAUGAUCAAAUGACAGAAGUGGUUUGGUUUAAAAGUUCAAUAGUUAAAAUUUUAUUAUUUGUACUUGGAGCAAUUUUACUGUGUUUCAUUGUGUUGAUACUUUUAGCUACAGCUUUAAUACAUACAGCAUGGUUUCUUCGAAGAAGACGUUCUAUUCAUAAACGAUUAGAUUCAUCAAACAGAUCAAAAUUAGAAAUGAAAGAUUAUAUGUUACAUUAUUUCUGUUUUGCUGUCGAAGCGCUUGCAAUAAACUCUGUAAAUGAUAGUGAAGCUUCGUUAAAGCAUACAAAAUUUUUUGCUUGCAAAAAAAGUGAAAAUUCCUAUGAACAACCAUCAUUACCUUUACGAUUUCAACCUGAAAAACUAUAUGGAACGACAACUAUAUUGCACAAAGAUAAAAGUCGAAAAGGAAGUUGUAUUAAUUUACCAUUUCACCCACAAGAAAAUCAAUUUAGAAAGAAGUCUAUGCUUGAUAGUUUUGUAUUUUCCGACCAGAGGAGAUAUUCUAAGCCGUUGGAUUCAAAUAGCUUGUUAAGAAGCAACCUCUCUAUCAAUCACUCUCAUUUAGCCGGUAAUGAGAAAAAUUCCUCUGAAUUAAUAAAGUCAGUAAUAGCUUCGAAGUUGGAACCACAGGAUAUUCCACAACGUUUUUCAAUUUUAUCUAAUCAAUCUUCUUUCGAUCGAAAUAGUAGUCGUAAAACAUCAGUAUCGACUGAUGAUACAAAGUGCUGUGCUCCAAAUGAAGGGGAUAUAUGUCUUGCUGUCCCCAUAGUUACACGUAGAGCUUCAGCAACGGACUAUGAGCUUCUCGAUAGUCGUUUAGGUAAAUCUAAAAGACUGUUAGAUACUCCGAUAUCCAUAACUGUGACUGACACACAAGCUGAGCUAGAUGGUAACUUAACCUUAAAAAAUGAUGAUAUACAUGCAUUGAGUACUUCUGGGUUAUUUUUAGAAGACCAAAGGUUUACUCGUCGAAACAGCUUUCUGUCUUAUUCUACAGCUGUCGAGGUCAAUCGCAAAGAGGAACAAGAACCUACUGAUGAUGAUAAGCAUUUUCAUCCAUCUGCUGAAAUACAAAACAAAAUAGUAAGCUCAUCUUCAUUUUUCAGUGGACUGCAAACAAACGAGUCUAUAUUACUGGAUACGGAUACUGAUAAACAGAAAAUUAUGUAUAAACGGCUUCCACCUGUUAUCGCUUAUGACUGGAUCAAAUUCCCUGCUGGGAUUAUGGCUAUUGGUGUAAAGUAUUCUUCACAUGUUAGUAGUAAUCAAGAUCAAAUCUUAGUCACACUGCACACAGGUAAAAAUCUGCUAUCUCCUCGCUUAUGGCAUAAAACAAUUUUUUGUGUUUACUGUACUAUAUCUAAUAAAGAAAUCACUCAAACAUUCACCGUUCACAGUAAGGAAACCGAAUUCGGUUGUCCACAGUUUUUAAAUCAUAAUGAGAUUUCAAUGAAUAUACCAGUAAGAAGAUGUUCAAUCUUAACUGGAACACAUGAUAUUGAAGCACCAAAAAUACAAAUAAAAUUGAAAAUUUUUGAAUCCAUUCCUAAGUGGUCUGGUGACAAAGAAUAUUAUCACGGAUCUUGCAGUAUGUCAACAGAAGAACUUUCGAACGGUCAAAAGGAAUUUGAACACAUCGGAUGGUAUCUAGUUGAAGAAGCGUAUCCAGCAAUACGUUUAUCAGGUGAUAUGUUAAUAUCAAUAUGUCGUAAUCAAAGUAAAGGAUUUGUUAAUAUUCGAAUACAUGAAAUAAGAAAUUUACAAUUUCUUUCAUAUGGAAGAUGGAGAAUUGAAAACUUGAACGAUGUGUUAAAUAACAGAGCUUAUGAAGUGACAGUAUAUAGCUGUUUGAUUAAUGCUGGACAUAUAAUUAAGUCAAUCAAGGCAACAACAAUCCAUCAUCCUUCUCGAACAACUUCAAAACAUAAUGAAACAGAUGUAAACAAAUCAACAGAAAACAAGUUAUGUGAAGCAAAAACUAAUGAGACAAAAUCUAACAACUUCACACUGGUUGAUUGUUUUGUUCACUUUAGUCUACCUACAGUAAAAAAAUCUGUUGGUAGACAUUUAGCAGUUAAACAUGGUAUAACGAUAUACGUAAAAGGUAAACUACCGAUUUCAGAUUUAAUACCUUAUGAAUGCUUGAAUCAACUUAAACAAAUGUCAAUUACUAGUACACGUGUAUUAAAUGCUAUUGGUGAGUGCCAUUUUGGUGAUUAUGGCUUCCAGAGUGAUUUAAUUAAAGAUUUUAACAGACCACCUUCAUGCCAUUCUAGUCAAGGCUUUUCAUUUUGGAAUGAUGCAGGCUCGCGUAAUGGAACUCGUAUAUACCAGUGGUUACGUAUUGAAUGAUGAUCAUAAAUACUACGCUUUUAAUGUAAUCCAGUUAAAGAAUCCAGUGCAGCAUUCUUUGAACUGUACAAUUUUGAACAUUAUAAGUAUUCAGCAACUUACAUUUCAGUCCAUUUUAACAAAUGUCAUCUAUUUUUCAACUCAAAUUAAGAGACGUCCAGAGUAAUCAGAAAUGAUUCUUUUUAAGGAUAUAUUUAAAUAAUUAAAAAUGUUUAUCUUAUGAAGCAGAACUCGUUUAUCAUUAACGUAAGAAUGUCAUCGAUCAUGUCAUUGAUCACAGAAACAUGCCUAAACUUCAUCAACAUUCCAUUGAAAAGCAAUAACAAUUAGUUUCUUUAAAAUUAUUAUUUUAUUCAUUCAUUUACAAUACGUUUCCAUUUAUUCAGUUGUCAGUAAUAUGCCAUAGUUAUUAAUAUUGUCUUGUCUAACAAUUUUGGGAAAAAGUAUCUCGUAUGUGUUGUUUGCUUCAUCAAAGGAAAUAAACUCACUAAUAAAAUAAUAAAUGUUUUUUUUGUUGGUAGAAAUGUAAGAAAAAAAAACUAUUUUAUUUUGCAAAUACAUCAUGAAAAACUCUA